AUGAAAGUUUUCAAUAAUCCCCAUUUCCAUUCUAAAGGCAGCUCAUCCAAACCUUCUUCCCUCCAAUCUUCAAGAGUGGGUGGCAGCAAAAUACUAGGCAGUCCCCAAGGACAAGAACAAGACCUCAAUGAGAUGUUACAAUCCCUCAAUCCUACAUAAAUAAUAGCAUAGGAGGAGGAAUCCAAGUUUGAUUUAAUAUAAGAAAUGCAGCAGUUGAAAACUAAAGUAUUAGGUUUACUUAAAAAAUACCAAGUGAUGCUGUAAAAUGAGAAUGCAAAAUAAGUCAAGAUUAAAAUCAAGUCAGAUGUUCAAGAAAUUCAACUUGAAUAUGAUGAUAUCAUAGCCUAAUACCAGAUAGAUCAGAGUCAACUAGAAAUAGAGAACAACAUCCCCACUCUGCAAAAAGAGAAGGAAUUGAACACCUAUUUCAAUCUAGUGGAGGAAUUCUUAGAGCGAUUCUCUCAUCACAAAGCCACCUUGAAUUACUUUUCACUUUUGUAACAAGAGAAAAUGAAUCGAAAUGGAUUGGGCGUGUUUUCUGUUGACCAGGAUGGCAGAUAAUCCAUGUAUGACUUUUAAGAGUCCUUGCCCGAUUUAACUGAUAGCAACAAUUCAGAAAACACUCAUGAAGCUCAAUAGGCUAAGAUAGCCUUAUCAAACUCGCAAAAAUUGAGAAGCCAAAUUAGAAGACGUUUCUUUGACUUAGCAUUGAAAGUGAAGGAAGGCUUGCCCCUUUAUCAUCCAGGCAGAUAGAUCUUGGUUUCUAUUCUUUUUGAAGAUGCAGAAGAGGAAGGGAUUGAUGAAAAUGAAUGGGAAGCAUGGAUUUUGAAAUAAUUAAAUAAGUGA